AUGGAUGCAGAUUGGGAGUCGAAGCUUUUGUCCCAAGUUACUAAAUUAAUCAGUCUCACCCGCGCUACAGAUUCGUAUUCAAAUCCGCGGAUCGAGUGGAAUCUGGAGUCUGUCUCGCUCCUCCUCCAAAUCAUCUCUUUCGUCAGCUCAAUGGAUUUGGAUUCGCAGCCCAAACCAGAGUCGGAGUUCAUGUCACUCAUCGCUCAAAUAAAAUCUUUCUGCAAAUCAAUGGUUUUUGAUUCCCAGCCGAAGCCCCUGCCGGAGCUCAUAUCUCUCAUAAACUCUUUCACAACUAACGAUUCCGAUUCGGAUUGGAUUCGGAAGCUCGAAUCACAUAUCAUUCAGAUAACUUCCUUGGCAAGCUCAAAGGCGUUGAACUCGCAGUGGGAUCUCAGGUCACUCAUAUCCGAAACUAUCUCUCUCUUCAACUCUACGGAUUUGGAAUCAAAGGAGUCCAAGCCCUUGCCGGAGCUAAUGUCACUCGUUGCUCAGAUGAUAAAGAUGAAGUCGCAGCUCGUGUCACUAAUCACCGAGACGAUGAGUCUUCACCCGGAGCCGGAGCUCGUAUCACUCAUCCAUCAAGUUUUCACCUCCGUCGUCAACUCUAUGAACUUAGAGUUGCAGCAGACCAUGCCAAUAGAUUGGAAGUCGAAGUUUGAGAAGAAGCUCUUCUCACUCAUUGCUCCAUUAUAUAGACAAUAG